AUGAUGCAUGUCUUACACUAUCUCUGUUGUUGGGCCCUCUUGGGAUCUCUCGGUUACGCCCUCACGCAAAAGCCUCUCGAGCAGCCGGGGUGCGGCGGGACUGGUCUGGUCGAUCCAGACGGCCGCUGCAACGGCGACGGGCUCAUCCACGACCCACCUCCCCGGGACCGCGAAGGAUUUCAAUUCGAGAAUCCGUCGACCGACUGCGAGUACGUGACGCAGAUGCGCAUCUGGGACUCGUUCAAGGAUCUGGAGAAGGACAUGACCAAGCUAUUCACGUUGAUCCACAAGAAUGUCAGCUUCACGGUGGUGGGACAUCAUCCAAUUGCCGGCCACUACCAUGACCUGAUGCAUUUCUACGUUAAUGCCCUGCGUCGGGUGAGCGUGCUGUUUUUCGAUCAUGCAGAUAAGUUCAAGAUACAUCCCCAGGCGAUCCAUGGCGGGUGCAAUGAUCGGUGGUCGGUGCAGGAAGUGAAUUUUCGGGGAGUGAUGAAUUCUGGGGAUGAUUUCGACAUCGUCAACGUGUGGGUGACUCGCUGGGGUCAUCACGGCCAGAUGGUUGAGAUUCGGACAUACAUCGAUGCUGCUCGGAUCAUGGAGGCGCUGCACAAGAACGAGAUCUGGUGGAAUGGGACGACGUUCCGCGACAAUCUGCAGUAUAUGCCGGGGCCAGCGGGGAUGCCGGAUAUGAAGGAGUUAGAGAAGUUGAUGGGAUAUCCAAAUGGCAGCAAGUAUGAAGAGUAG